AGUAGGAGCGUGCACGUGGCCCCUCUGUGUAAUGGCAGUAGGAGCGUGCACGUGGCCCCUCUGUGUAAUGGCAGUAGGAGCGUGCACGUGGCCCCUCUGUGUGAAUAAUGACAGAUGAACAGGAAGUGUUGUAAACGCUCAGUUAUUGAUCAGCUGACCUGCAGGAGCCAAUCAGCUGCAGGCUUUUCUAAGUGAAUUAGGCAGUGGGGGGUGGGGGUGGCCCCCCAGGGUCUAAUGAAGGAGGGGUGGGUGCAGCUGGGCUCAGAUCGAUCCUGGGGGAGGAGACAGACAAACCGUCCUCCUCCUCCUCGGGGUUCAGAUCAGAAUGAAGAGCAGCAGCACGAGAGCAGGACGCUGAUGGCUGCAGGCUUUUAUUCUGAAACUCUGCUGCCAAUCAAACCUCUUACUGAAGAUGAUGGGUCGGUGUGCGGCCAUGCUGAUGAUGGGGGUCUUCAUGGUGAUGGUGGGGCUGAACACGGGUCGAGUGAUGAGCGGUUAUAAGGUGUGUGAGGGUGGACCUGAGCGGCCAUGCUAUAAGAUCGCCUACUUCCAUGAUGUGUCAAGCCGUGUGGCGUUCAGUGAGGCUAGACGGGUCUGCGAGAUGGAUGAAGGCUCUACGUUCAGGAGCAGUGGGCGGAGCCAGAGAAGGAGGGGGAAUAGCAGAUGGUGACUUCUGGAUUGGGCUGACUCGAGUGGGUGGAGCUGACAACAAUUUGACUCCAUGUCCAGAACUCUACCAUUGGACAGAUGGCAGCGUGGCCACCUUCAGGAACUGGUAUGUCGACGAACCUUCCUGUGGCGGCGAAGCCUGCGUGGUCAUGUACCACCAGCCAACUGCACUGCCUGGUCUGGGAGGAGCCUAUCUCUACCAAUGGAAUGAUGACCGCUGUAACAUGAAGCACAACUUCAUCUGCAAGUAUGAGCCAGAGAGCCCCCUGGAGAAAGAACACAGAGACACACCUGAAAGGCAGGGAACAGGGACUGCAGGGGGAGCCAUGGUUACUCAGGCAGUAGGUAGCGUGGACGUCCCACCACAGGUCGCCGUGACAGCAGCUUCAGGUAUGUUGCUGCUGUAUGUGGUCAUCCCCACCAUCCCACUGCUGCUGCUCAUCUUGGUGGCUUCUGGGACGUGUUGCUUCCAGACGCUCAGCCGGAGUCGUCCUCGCACAAAGACCGCCACCAACCAAUCAAACUUCUGGAUCUCCAGGACGUCCAAACCUGAUGCCAUGGAGGUGUGACAUCAGCAGCAGAGCGACGUCUGACUUUUUGUUGGCUCAGCUGGUGUUUCCUGUUUGACCGGCUGUUGACCCUUUGACCUUUUUAGUUUCUGAUGUGAUGCUCAGUGUCAGUAUGUUGCAGUGCAUUGUGGUCCAGAUAUAUUCAAAUAUACUUCAUGUUGACUGAACUCCACUAAGUUUCAGCUCUGCAGUCAUUCUGACACCCAGCUGUGUUUACCUAUCACAACGURAGAUAAAAAUUAAAAACAGGAUGUCUGAUUCUUUGCAGCACAAUAGAAUCUGUAAAAUGUUUAUUCUUCUUCUGAGUCUUUUUGGAUCAAGACGAGAGAAUUUCUGCUGCUGAGCAUCGAAACAUGAGGUCAGAACUCAGAAGACCCAUUUCCAUUCAACUUGUUCUUUCAGUUUCAGAAUAAAAGCAUAAGAUUUUCAGAGUAAACGACCCGUUUCUAGUAUGGUGGUUCAGCAGAACUUCAGUUGACGUUCAAUCGAUGUUGGGUCAAUGGUUCUGAUUGGAUGUUCGGUGUAGUCCAUGACUCUGUUUGUUGUGACUGUGGAAGUUCUGGUGCAUGGAAUGUUUAAAUAUGUUUAAAUGUUUAGUAAAAAUAAAAAAUGGACUAAACCUG